AUGGAAAAACCCCAAGAACACAACCACAACCACGAGGACCCUCCAAUAUCAUCCACAACUCCAUAUCCACCUACCUGCACCUCCUCUACCUGUGUUAAAUGCGGCGGCCCAACUUCCUUCCCUCCACCACCCACUCGAUCCCCAUGGUCCGAAAUUUCGCCUCCCCCAAACUACCGCCCUAUCCGUUCUCCGGCUAUAAAUGUCCCACCAAAUACAAAUUCCCAGGCCAUAAUGCUCGCUCCAGUCCCGCAAUCCCAAAAAAUCUCCACUAUUUCCCUUCCUCACACCUUCCAAUCCCCCUCCAAAAAAAUUCAAUCCCCUGAUGACAUUCGCCAAUUCGUCAACUCCGAUUCCUCUAAAAACUUCCUUGGCUUCAUCGUCGCUCUCUCAGAAUCUAUACGGUCCCAGAAAAUCUCUGAUUCCUGUCACGAAUCCACAACUCUGAAAAAGAUUUUGUCCAUUAUCAAAACCCUAAUUCAGUGGAUCGAAGAAAUCCCUCCUGUUCAACAAUCUGCACGAUACGGUAACAUCUCUUACCGUACCUGGCAUAACCGUUUGGUAGAAAAUAGUGAGAAUUUAAUGCUUCAGUUUUUGCCCGAUCAUUUAAGAUCUUCGAUGGUCGAGAUUGUUCCUUAUUUUACUGAUAGUUUUGGUAAUUCGAGCCGGAUUGAUUACGGUACUGGACAUGAAACUAAUUUCGCCGCAUGGCUUUAUUGUUUGGCAAGGAUGGGGAUAGUAGAGGAAGUUGAUUACCAAGCUAUAGUUUCUAGGGUGUUUGUUAAGUAUAUUGAAUUGAUGAGGAAAUUGCAAUUGGUUUAUAAUCUGGAGCCUGCGGGUUCGCAUGGUGUUUGGGGGCUUGAUGAUUAUCAUUUCUUGCCGUUUAUAUUUGGAUCAUCACAGUUGAUUGAUCACAAGUAUAUGAAGCCUAAGUCUAUUCAUAACGAGGAUAUUUUGGAGAAUUUUUCAAAUGAGUAUAUGUAUCUUUCGUGUAUUGUGUUUAUUAAGAAGGUAAAGAAAGGGUUGUUUGCUGAGCACUCGCCUUUGCUGGAUGAUAUCAGUGGAGUGCCUAAUUGGAACAAGGUGAAUAGCGGGUUGCUUAAGAUGUAUAGAGCGGAAGUGUUGGAGAAAGUGCCUAUCAUGCAGCAUUUUCUGUUUGGGUCGCUUAUUAAGUGGUAA